CAUGGAGUCUCAAAACUUAAAGACCUUCCCUUAGAGUUCAUCUGGCCUCUACCUUCCGUACCUUCAACCUCUCAACUUUCUUCAGCAACCAAGCGUAAAGGGAAACAGAACCGUGUUAAACCAAAACCUGUGUAUGGAGUAACCAAGUACGGAGCUAAUGGAUUAUUCUCAACCAACUCUUUCCCUGGCUCCCUAGAUCUGAAAUGGAAAGAAUACCUAGCGGCAGUAGCUAAUCACUCGCUGUCAAAAGGAACUUGGUCUACCUACACUACAGCAGGAAGGAUGCUACAGAAAUGCCAUAACGAAACAAACUACUCUUUAAGUCUACCAUUAAAUCAAGAAAAACUCCUAGUCUUUGUAACCUGGUUGCUGGCUAGGAAAUUGACAGCAAAAACGAUCAACGCAUACCUCUCCGGCCUCCGUCAAGUACAUUUAGCGCAAGGAAUCCCGAUCCCAAUUUUACGGCCUUCUCUGAUCCAGCAACUAUUGACAGGAGCCACGAAUAUGGAUCAUAUCAGAAACCAUCUAGGUCAGAAACCAGCAAGACUGCCAGUAACUCCCACCAUUAUGAAGUUAUUCAAGCUGGAUCUAAAAGAUAGCAAUUUAACAAGAGAAAUGAAACGCCUAGUGUGGGCAAUUGCAACACUUUGUUUUAAUGGAGCUUUUAGAAUUCAUGAGCUGCUCUCCAGGACCUCUAGACAGUUUGAUCCUAACUUUACUCUGCUUGGGCGAGAUGUGAAACUAAAAACUAUCAAAAUAUCAAACAAAAACGUCACAAUCUUACAAGUUAAGAUAAAAUCCCCCAAAACAGAUAGAAUUGGAGCUGGAACAAUAGUUGACGUAUACGAAUCUGGAGGACCACUAUGUCCUCUGAAAGCUUAUACAAAGUGGAAAGCCGUCUCCACCCAUGAGAACAAGAAUCUACCCCAGUUCAUAGAUGACCAAGGAAUCCCGUUCACAGGGAAAAGGUUCAACACUAUUCUGAAGAACUCCCUGGGAACUUACAUAGACUACAGUAAGGGGAAAAUAACCUCACACUCUUUCAGAGCUGGUAUAGCUUCUUUACUAGGGGUCCUAGGCUACUCAGAGGAAGAUAUACAAGCAGUAGGACGGUGGAGUAGUAGAGCCUACCUAGCUUACCUCAAGCUCCCUAGAACUAGAAGAUUGGAAAUGGCAAGAUCAAUUGGGAACUUGAACCUGUGAUUAGUAAUUAAACUGUAAACAAAUUGUUUUGGCUAAUAAAACUGCCCUAUAAAAAACUUCAUAAUUUAUUAUUUUAGGAUCGAUAAGUAGAAAUUUAAGUGUAACUAACAUACUAAUUUUAAAUUUCUUAAAAAACAAAAAUAAGCUUAAGAACCAGAAUUACAAAUAAAUGCGUAUUUAAUUAACAUACUAAUUUCUCUUUGUAUAGGAGAAGAUGAAGAAAGUGAGGAAGGAAAUAGAGAGGAAAGUGGAGAGGGAAGUAGUGAUGUAGAUAGUAACUCUGGCACUUUCUCCUCAGAUAACUCCUCCAGGAGUGUUUUAAUUACAAGACUGAAUAAAGAAUUACCAGGAGCUCGAAAGAAGAGGAAUCCACCUGCACGCACCAUGGCUGCUUCUCCAAAGAGGCCUAAAGGAGCAGUCACCGUUUCCAAGGAGCCCUCAAAAAAGAAAAAGACCAAAUCAACAAUACAUGCAGACUCUUCAGACUCUGUUGCAAUAGUGCCAGGAAACCGUAGGAAAACAAAGAAUAAAAGAAGAAGAAUAGCAUCUAGCAGCAGCUCAAGGAGCAGCAGCCCUAACUCUGAACCUGAUACCAGGAAACGCUCCUACAGCUCUAGCAGUGGAUCCUCUAACGAAGAGGGCCAAGGAGCAAAAACGAACUACGACAUAUUAAAAGAUGUCCUCCCGGGAGAAGCCAGGCUAAUGAGAAAUCAGAAAACUAAAAUUAACCAGAUGUCAAUGAGUGAAGUACUUGAUCUUGUUAAAUUGAAGAGAGCUGCAGAUCAAGCUAACAUUGGAGAAGCUUCGUCUAGGUUUUCGAAAGAUAAACCGCCAAAACCAAGAAAGUUUAAAGAAGAAACUGAUGAUAGUGUGAGACAUCUUCACAAGGCAAGAUUUCUACGUGCCCCGCUUUCUGAUCUGAAGAAAUGGUGGAGAAUGAUGCCAGCAGCCAGGUCUCAUAUUUACAAGACUAUACCACUUAAGUUUUCAGGGUCACAAAGUAAAAUCUCUGACAAAACUAUAGGGUUUCUGCAUGAUCGGGCAAAGGCUCUAACUAUUAAAAACUUCCACUCCCAGAAUGUUUGCGUUGCUGCUAAACCUAUGAAGAAGAUAGAGAGGAAGGAUGCAGAAGGUUUGGUAACCCUGUUUGAUUAUUCUUGGGAAGAACCUAGUAGUUUAGCCGAAUUUACAGAAGCAUUGAUAAACUACAUAUCUGCGAUGCAGCAAUUAUGGCCGCUGGACCCUACGGGGAUAAUUAUGCUUAGACUCAUCAACACUUACAAAUGGGUCAGUGUUGCAUAUGAACUAAAGGAGAAGGUUUCUGUCUUGGCCGCGUACUUUAACGGAGUCUUGCAGGAGAAUGCCGGCAGGGCAAUCAGGGGUGAAGUUAUCCUAGACUAUAAAGAACACAAAGACAUUCUAAAGCUAGCACUGACCUCACACAACCUCCCUAGUUCAGUCCCUACCGGGAGAAUCCCAAAACUGAACCAAGACAGGAAUGUAAAAAGAACUGUACAUACUAGCAAUCCCAGUUCCUCAGGAUAUAACUCCAGCUUCAGGAAAGACAGGCAAAACCAGCGCCCAAAGGCUACCUUCAAUGGUCUCGGCGUCUGCUAUGCUUUUAACAAUGGCUUGUGCAAGUCACAAAGCACUCCAGCAGGUUGCAAAAAUGCUGGGAGGGAGUUUGCACAUGUUUGCAAUGUGUAUGUGGAUCAGAAGUCGUCGUUCUGCUUAGCCAAGCACCCGAGAUCAAGCCACAAAUUUUAACGGUUCCAUGAUUUAUGCCAAAGCUCAGUUUGAUAAAUAUAAUUUUUAAUAAAGAUUUUUAAUAAUGAA